AUGUUACAACUUGAGUUCUUCGCAAUAUUCUCAUUUUGGGGUGUCAAUGCCCAGAAAGGAUGUGAAGACGAUGAGGUUUCAUUGGACCAUCGAGAUCCCUCGCACCCGAUCCGCAACAUCAUCAAAGGAAUGCACCAAAUGCGGCUUAAUUAUCCGGCUCUUAACGAUGGCCUAUUGCUCCAGGCUCUUUCAAACCAGACCCAGCAAAUUCCAAUUGGCGAGGAAACAAGAGAAGUUGGUAUUUGGAGCGCCCUCCGAAGCGGACUUCCGAAAAUCCAGGACCUUAGUACCGCUGGCGGACAGGGCGAACAAAAAGUCUGGCUUUUGUACCACAAUGACAAUGUGACUGUCAAUUACGCAUUCAACUGCCUUGUCGACCAACUUGCAUUGGUGACCCCUUUCGCGCCAGGAACGGUUCUCAGGAAUUUAUUCUACCCAUACGAUGAGGUUACCCUUCUGAGUGGGAAAGUGGUGCCUAGAUUUGGUUCUUUGGAUUUUACCGCAGCAGUGGAAGCUCGAGCUGAACCUGUCGAUGCUGUUGGAACCGCCGCCGAAACCGUGGCCCAAACUGCGGCUCAAACCGCGGCAGAGACUGUGGCCGAAACUGCGACCGAGGACACAGCCACCGAUCUUCCAACUGCCAAAAAAGCUAGCACUGCUGAAGACAAAUCUUCUACUGAAACUGGCACUGGUAAGAAGGCUUUUGUGUCCCGAACCUUGGACUUCGAUAAACUUGAUUUCUUUCUCGAUAAAAACCUUGCCAAUGGUCCUCUGGAAUAA